AUGCCUUCUAAUCCAGCCAAUUCAAAGUCUGCAACAACACCAAAUGGUACAACGCAAGUGAAUACAAAUCCUAAACCUUUGACGUCUUCUAUGCCAACAAAAGCAACAUCUCGACCAAGGAGGGCGACCUCAGCAUCAUCAUAUAUCUUCGCCCCAAGUUGGUUAGUGAAUUUAAAUAAUAAUAAUAAAACAGGAUCAUCUUCAACGGUGUUGAGUCCCGCAUAUGCAUCAACAACUGAAUGUCCAUCAGCAAAAGAAGAAAGCAAAGGAUUAGGAACAUUAAAGAAAGAUGGGCUUGGUGGUAUUAAGCAAGUUAAGGAUGGUCAGGAGAAAGGUGAGAACCGAAAUAUUCCAAGUGAUAAGGUCAAACAAAUUUUUAGGAAAGAAUUUGUUAGUGGUUGA